UCUUCUCUUACUCUGUGCAUCGUCUAUUAUAAAUUUAUAAUGGACGGCUGCUAUUAUAAUUAACUGAUUGAGGACAUCUUUGUCUGUAUGUUUGCUAGCCUGCAUUAAUAAAGUAAUGUUUCCUUUUACCAUUAGGUGUCAGAAUUUGUAUUUAAUAAGAUUUCCCAAUUGAUUAAAUGAUGUUUAAGUAGUAAAUUAUGGAUUUCUAGACCUAUGCACUAAUGUUCUAGUUGAACAGAACACAAAUAUAUAUUAUAAUGCACCGAUAUUUGUUUCAUGAUAAAAAUACUAUAUUGUCAUCAAAAUACUCACAGAAGUCAUCUGUUUAGAGCUCUUCUGACCCACUUCAGAUUUUCCUAACAUGCUGUGAUUUUCUCAGUCCUCUUUAUUUCAAUAAAACUGAAAUAUUUGUUUCUUUGUUUUUCAUUUUUCUCGCCUUAUUCCUCAAUCAGAGGACCUAUCCCUAAAUUUUUUACUCCAAGAAAGUAAGUCCCUCAAUCCCAUUUUGCCCUGAACACAUUGUUGUGAUCCAUUCCUUCACUCUAAAUGUAUACUUUUUAUUGUUUUUUUGCGCAUUAUGGUAUUAUUAGCGUUUUACUUUAGCAUCCUUAUUUCACCAUGUCCAAGUAAACUGAUUAGUUUUUUUACUUUUAUUUCUUUACUCUCAUCGUCUAGUCCAAUUUUUGUUUGAUUUUGUACUCUCACAGUGCUUCAUCUCGAUUUAUGCUUUUGUAGGGGCAGAGACCGACUUACUCUGGCCAUAAUUAGAUAGUGUACUCUUUGCUAAUUACAAUCAAAUAAGAGGUAAAAAUAUACGAGAAAAUGAUGCAGCAGAAAAGAAGCCCUGUCUCUACUGAUCAAAGCAGUUUUAUGGACUUGAUGCCAAAAAGGCUAAAGAGUGAUGCACCUCUAACGUCUAAGGAGAAGAAAGAGAAGAUUAGUGAACGGAUUUCUGCCCUUCAGCAACUCGUCUCACCAUAUGGAAAGACAGAUACAGCCUCAGUCCUUCUGGAGGCCUUGGAUUACAUAAGUUUCCUUCACGAGCAAGUUAAGGUACUUAGCGCUCCAUACUUAUGCAGUACCCCUACACCAACAAAGGAUGGAGAAGAACAAUGCAGCCUCAAAGCCAAAGGCUUAUGUCUUGUCCCGAUUUCAUUAACCGUUGGGGUCGUGAGCAGCAAUGGUGCCGACAUAUGGGCUCCCAUCAAAACCACACCAUCCGGUAACUCGAGAAGGUUGAUGUGGGACGAGGCCUCUAUGGUAACACAUAUCUAACUCAUAGUUUAUUUUUAAGAAGAAAAUGGGCAGACUUGGUACGAGGACUCUGCCUUUGUUCGAAAUAAGAAAUUUGGCUCGUGAAGUUUAGUUCUCAUUGAGCGAAAAUGACAAGUGUUUUGAGUGGUAGGAAAUGGUCCAAGAUGACUAGUGCUGCGUUAGAGGCAACGGAAUUUGUAAAUCAAACACGGUAAAAGUUUCGGUUGGGGGGGUUUAUAUACGAUACGCCAUGGUGCGUUAUGAGAAUAGUAGAUGAAAAUAAAUAGCUCAUGUCUGUGUGGAUAGAGCUUAUUACUUCUGGUUUAUGAUGUUUUGAAGAUCUCUCUCUUUCUCUCUCUAUGUUUGUAUGUGCUUCUGGUAAAAAUUUCAACGAGCUUAUUUGAAAAGCUAUUCAA